GCGAAGAUUGUUGAAGAUGGCAGACCUGACACUGAAGAUUAUUCUGGUUGAACGCAGAAUUUGAAUCCUUCUGUUUUAUCUACUGCCUCUGACCAGCGGCGCUGCAGCAUCCUUUCUAACAGUCUGGGGGGGGGGGGGGGGUUUCUGACCCCUCUGGCACUUGUGACCCCACUCUUCUUCCCCUGCAGGCUUAGUAAGAUCACCAACCGCUUGACCCUUCAGCGAAAGAGUCAGUUCAUGCAGAGGUUGCACAGUUAUUGGACUCUCAAGAGGCAAUCACGCAAUGGAGUCCCUUUGUUGCGGCGGCUCCAAACGCACUUGCAAUCCCAUAGGAAUUGCGAACAAGGAAGGCCAGCUCCUCCUCCUCCCGUGGCCAAGACUGAGCAGCGAGAUAACACAGAGGAUAAGAACUGGGCCCUGAAAGAGCAGCUGAAGUCCUGGCAGCGCCUCCGCCACGACCUGGAACGAGCGCGCUUGCUGGUGGAGUUAAUUCGCAAGAGGGAGAAGCUCAAGAGAGAGACGAUUAAAAUCCAGCAAGUGGCCCUGGAGGUGCAGCUGACUCCCUUCCUCAUCCUCCUGCGCCGGACCCUCGAGCAGCUCCAGGAAAAGGACACGGGCAACAUCUUCAGCCAGCCGGUCCCGCUGUCUGAGGUAACAGAACUCUACGAA